UGUUGGGCCUAGGGGACAGCCGUUUCUAAUGCUAAACAACUAGACGUAGACCCAAACGCCCCUACAUAGGCUGAGGAUCAGGCGGCGAUGCCUUACUGCAAGACAGCGCGCAUUUAUGUACGGAAAUCCAGCAUGAGAAACUUCGUCUUGAUAUGGGGAGGGGGGAUUUUUCCUUUCAAUAAGCCACUACGCGUGUUCUCAAGCAAGGCGACUACCGUCGGGGUCAGCCGGCUGGCUUUUCACGGGGAGGACACGAUGGCCCUCACUUCCCCGUCCACGAGCGAGAUUUGGGUCUACCGCUACCGCUUCGCCGAGUGGAGCCGGGUAUGCACUGCAAAUAUGUUUCUUGGGUCCUCCGAAAAAGAACGAACUUGUGAUGCGCGGUGCGGGUCACACAAAAAUCUGGCAUGCGUGACAACUUGUAAAUACAAUAAUGCCCACUUGCACUUCUCGCCAUGCUGUUGAGAGGGAAUUUCGCAUGGAGAAUAGGCAUUACGUGUACAACGACCAAGAAAGUGCAGAACCUGUGAUGCGCAGGCUUGCAUUCCAGACUCUGUGGAGCGUGGAAAAACUGCAUAGAUAAGUUUUGCAAGCUUCCAGAAUUAGACAUAGUUGCAAUGGAUAUCGGUUCGCGGUGCUGAAGGAACACGCGGACGUCGUCGCGGACUUCGAGUUAUGCAGUGCAAAUAUGUGUGGAUUUGGGUUUGUGAUGCGAGCUUCGCAGGACAACAAGAUUUGUGAUGCGUAGAUUGGAAUAGGAAUUAUUGCAACCUCUUUCUUCAUGUUAAGUCGUAUUUUGUGCUGCUAAAUUAGAAUGAAAAUUAAUGUGCUUGAAGCCGCGAAAUAAAAACUUUUCAUGCUGUUGUGCCGUACAAGCGGCCACUCUGCUGCGCAGUCAAUAUUAGCAACACAAAUUUCUUCCAGACCCAGACGUGUUUGCAUUGGAUACCAGUUCAACCGCUUUGGCUGGCUGGUUUCGUGCGGCCACGACAGGUGCGCCUACGUGUGGCGCCGGGCGCCGCCGUAUGGAGGCGGUAUGACCACGACCAUACAUAGUUCUUCCACUUCCAGUGCAGCAAAUAGCGACGAGCUGGCGCUGGUACAAGCCGGAAGUACAUCAGAGGACCACCACGACCCGCGGAAUAUUGACAGCAGAGGGGACCACCACCAAUUGUACUAUCCGGUUCCGAACGAGGAGCAUGUUUACCAGCCGGAGCUGGUGCAAAUGGACGUGGAAUUCGGGUUAUGCUGUGCAAAAGUAUCGUACUCGUAUUGCAAUCAUGCAUCACAAAUCUUUUCGUUUUCCUUAAGGUAAAUCAGCAUUACAAAUUUUAUUUCUCAUGCUGAGGAAAUUAAAAUUUGUAAUGCAUUUAUACGAGUGCGAUACUUUUGCAGUUUAUACGGGUGCGUGUGCGCACGAUGGUCGCCCGAUGCCUCGCGGUUCGCCGUCGCGACUGUCGCGGGCGAGUGCGUGGUGUGCACGCGGCGGCAGGAACGGAGCGGCGACGUGUGGUCCGCCUGGCGCAUCUCGCUGCAACAGCCGAGCUCUAGUGUCCCGCUGCGCAGUGGCGGCUCAAUGUCAAGUUACUUCUCGUUUUCCCAACAGCAGCAGCAGGGGGCCCACGGCCCGCACCCGAUCACGGCGCUGGCGUGGUGCGGCAAUUUGUUCCUCUGUGUAGGCGGGGCUGAUAAAUCCGCGCGAGUGUACAGUACGUUCGCGGGCCGGGAUGCUAGUAGUGUGGGGGUGAAGAAUCAUUCCGCUUCGGCCGGCACGUCUUCAGAGAGCAAAACUAAAGCAGGUGGAGCGACAGGACAUCAGAACCAAGGCGGCAAUAAAAAUAGCGGAGCAACCUCAACAAACAACCGUCCCGCGAAUCCUGGCGAGGCCGACGUGCUCUUUCCGGAGUUGGAGGCAGCAGCUGCAGACAAGAUGGACGUCGAUGAUGACGGGUGUCUUUCCCCACCCGAGGAGUGGGCCACCGGCGCGGGUGGCGGGGCGACAUCGAGUCGUGGCACGGAGCACGAGAAUCAGAAGAACGUGAAGGCGGUGGGGCAGGAACGAGAACAAAGCAAUGAACAAGUGGGCCCGACCCCAAGCAGUUCUACCCCCGCUGCACCUCCUCCUGCACAGCCAGAAACCCCACCCCAACUGGCUCCCCCGUUCGGCACCUGCGUGCUGGAAGCGGGGAAUGCGCACUCCUGGGUGACCUGCGCCACCUUCCAGCAGAAGGCCAUGCUCCUCGCGGUGUGCCGCCAGGACAGCAGUAUCACCAUUACGAACAUGGUUACCCGGGAAGAGCACAUCAUCAAUUACACGGGCUACCCGCUGUCCUGCGUCGCUUUUCUCGCGCCCAACAUCCUGAUUGCCUGUGGCUUCGACUACGUGCCAGUUUUCUUCUACUUCGACGAGGCCGACGAAACCGGGCCGGGCUCCUGGUACUGCGGCGGCUAUUUGGUCGCCGAACAGGUUCUUUCGCAGCAGCCCAUGGCCGGGCCGAGUAAGCUGAAGCUCCCGGGUCUGUUUGGCUCGGCAGUGUUGGAGGAAAGUGAAGUGGAAAGAAUGAACAGAGGACUGAAAAAUUCUCGCGGAGAGGACGAAGAUGACAAUGACUUACUACUCGCGAACAGAAGAAAGUGCACCACGCCAAUGGAGGAGCAGGGAACUACAAAAGACAGCCUCGCUGUCCCGGCGCAGUGGAUCUACCAGAAACCGGUCGGGGACAUUCGAAACGGGGUGGUGGGGUUUGUACCACAGAAGAACAGCGAGAGUAACAAACGGAAAAACAACGACAAUCCCGCCCUUCUGAGUCUGUCCGCCUCGCCGGAGAAGAAUAACGGGAACAACACGUCCAACAGUUCUGUCGCGCAGAACAAAUCCAGCUCUACUUCCGCCGCUCCGCGAGUCUCCCUGCAACUCGACGACAAAAGCUGGAUCCGCGGAGGGACAACCACGACCACAAGUGGCCCGCACGACGCCGCACAAGGAGCCGCCCAUGAUGGUGGGUUUACGCGAAUAACGAAUUCCAGAAAUAAGAGCAAUUCUGUUGGUGGCAUUAGGGAUGAGACCGGCGAGGACCAUGGGGGCAGUAUAAUGCAACAAGCGAUUCGCCGGAGUCUCAUCGGCGGAGGAAGUAGAAGAGGCUCGUCCUCUGCCGCCGCCGGUCAGCCACACGAACACCUACGCACCGACCAUGAGAGAAUGGCGGGCGAAGCUGUAGCGAGCAGUAGUGGUCAAAUGAAUUCUGGCGGAAAAAUACUGAAUCCUACUGGAGGAGGAGGAAAUUCGCAACGACCUGCAGCCAGUGACCGAUUCUUGCAAAGUGCAUCAGCAGACCACCGACCAGUCGAACCACGUCAACCCACAGCAGCCCCCGCGACUUCUAUCCGCGACCGCCUGCCGCGUUUACGGCGGCAAGCGGGUCAGCCCAAGAGCUGGAUGAUGCCGAAGAACCCGGCCCUGGCGGAAACCCUGAACAAGCUGCGCCACACCAAACGCGUGUCGGAUUUGCGGAUUCUCCGGGCGCCGCACAGGUUCGCAACCUGUGGGUUGGACGGAAAAGUUCUGCAGUGGGAUUUGAGCAACUUCAACAUUCCUGAAUGAUAAAAAACCUGUGUGGUGCCGGCUGCAACAACAGAUAGAGUGUGAACAAGUUGUGACGCGUUGUAAGACAGCCACUUGACAGGUG